GGUUCCGGGCCGCGCGGCGCCAUGGCCUCGCUGUGGCGGCUGAAGCGGUUCGAUGCCUUCCCCAAGCCCCUGGAAGACUUUCGGGUCAAGACGUGCGGGGCGCGCUGGGUGAGCGGGCGGGUGACGGCUGUCAGCGGGCUCAUCGUGGUGCUGCUUUUCUUCUCGGAGCUGCAGUACUACCUCCCCAAGGAGGUUCAUCCGGAAUUGUACGUUGACAAAUCAAGGGGAGAUAAACUGAAGAUCAACCUAGAUGUUAUUUUUCCACAUAUGCCUUGUGCUUAUUUGAGCAUCGAUGCCAUGGACGUAGCAGGAGAGCAGCAGCUGGACGUGGAGCACAAUCUGUUUAAACAACGUUUGGAUAAAGCCGGCAAUCGUGUGACUCCAGAGGCCGAGAGACACGAGCUGGGGAAAGAAGAAGAAAAAGCGUUUGAUCCAAAUUCUUUGGAUGCCGAUCGCUGCGAGAGCUGUUACGGGGCGGAGUCAGAGGACAUUCGGUGUUGUAAUACUUGUGGCGAUGCCAGAGAAGCAUACAGGCGGCGAGGCUGGGCCUUCAAGAACCCGGAUAGCAUAGAGCAGCGCAAGAGGGAAGGGUUUAGCCAGAAAAUGCAAGAGCAGAAGAAGGAGGGCUGCCAAGUGUAUGGUUUCCUAGAGGUCAGCAAGGUAGCUGGAAAUUUUCAGUUUGCCCCAGGGAAAAGUUUCCAACAGUCUCGUGUACAUGGUAUUUUCUUUUGCUGUUUAUUGUGGCCUUGAGCUUCCAAGUGUACCUGACCAUUUUCUUUUAGUAUCUUUGCAUUGUUAUCCAUAAUAGUAACAGGACUGCUUCAGCGGG